CGGGUCUCUUUCAGUUUAUAUCAGAGAACCCAAUGGAGUCUUUUGAAGAACUUGGUCAUAUUAGUAAGGAGAACUUAUUAGAAGUUCCAACUUUAAGUGAUUCUCUCUCAGAAGAUGAAGAUGUUAAAAGUACACUCGAGGCUCGUUUUUCACCUAGCCCCCGAAGACGGAAUUCAGAUUCUUCUGAAGAAACAGAGUCAGAAGCUCCAUCUACUAUUGCAAGAAAAGUUUCAUUUGCUGAUGCAUUUGGUUUUGACCUUGUAUCUGUUAAGGAGUUUGAUACCUGGGAAGUCCCAACUACAUUACCAAAUGAUGACUUAGAAGAUGAAGUUGUGCCUGUGGAGGAAUUCUAUUUAACUCCACUGUUUACACUACCCACCACACAAGAAGAGCUUUUGCAAAAAGUGCAUGCACAAAAAGUAUGGCUAGAGUCCAUAGAGUUUCUACCAGGGAUAACAUGUAUGAAGGGCAUUAUUCGUGUUCUAAAUGUUUCUUUUGAAAAGCUGGUCUACGUUAGGAUGUCUUUGGACAACUGGCUGACUUAUUAUGACAUAUUAGCAGAAUAUGUGCCUAAUUCUUGUGAUGGUGAGACUGACCAGUUCUUGUUCAAGAUUUCAUUGGUUCCUCCUUAUCAAAGGGAUGGUGCUAAAGUUGAAUUUUGUAUACGCUAUGAGACAUCUGCAGGGAUAUUUUGGGCAAACUACAACCAUCACAAUUACAUUUUGAUCUGUCAUAAAAAGGAAAUGGCACUGGUGGAGGAUACCAAACUCCAGGAAGAUGCAGAUAAACAAAUCAAAGGCUGCUUAAAGUCAACACUGAACAGUAAAGAAGAAAUAUUGGCAACGGCUGAUGAAGACAUAUGGAAUAAUUCCAGGGCUUCAGAGUCAAACAUCCCCCAAAUUCAUUGUUUGGAUAUGGAUGACAAUGAAAUUAAACAAUGCAAAGAAAACAUAAAAGACAAAAAUGUGGAGCGUCAUGAGGAAGAUAAUGAAGACAAUGAAAAAGAAUUAGAAUUGCUGCUCAGACAUCACUUCACAAGAACCAGAGGUUCUUCCAGAGAUGAAAAAAAUGCAUACAUAUCCAAGCCAGUUAAAUUUCCAAAUGACCAAAAAGAUUUGGGGGAGAAGGUCAACUCUGGCAUGGUUAGGCAACCCCUGCCUAUCUGUUCUUUGACAGAACAUUCUGCAGUAGAGUCAGUAAACAAUAGUGCACUGUCUUUGGAAUGUUCCAGUACAAGUGAAACCCUUUUAUCACAUGAGUAUUGGCCUGGAACAAAGGAUAAUGAGGUUGCCAAUAUUACAGAUGUUAUGUCAAGCCAACAAGGAACAAGUCAUACAGAUGUCCCCAAAGAUGAAACUGAUAGCACUCCAGGAAGUAAAACAAUAGAGAGGUUAUUCAUCAGUGAGCAUGAUUAUGAUCAGCACCAACAAGUCUGGGAAACAUCAGAAACAGUUCCCUUAAAUAAUGGUGAAUCCAUUCAAUUAAAGAAAACUAUGUUGGGAGGAUGGGGUGACAACAUGAAGCCAGUUCAUGAUCAAUAUGUGCAAAAAAUGUCUCCCCAAACCUCUGAGUCAUCUCUGGAAAACAUUGUCAUAAAUGAACCUGUAAAGGAGAUGUUUGAAAACAAAAAACAGUCAUAUUUAAGAGGGUCAUUAUAUGAUAACAUCUUUGCUGAUGAUGAUGUAGCAAUGACUUCCUUAGGAAGUCCCCAUAUCAAAGGUGAUGAUAUAGAAGAAAAAUCUAAGACAGAGUAUAAUACUGAUAUUGGAAAAGAAAUUAAAUUGAGCAUUUUCGAACACCCUUCAGAAGAAGAACAAAUGUACCCUUUAACAGCAAAUCCUGCUGAUACAAAAUGCCUUACUGAAAUACACAAUCAGUCAUGGUUGUCCACCACAGAUGGCUAUGAAUUUGGCAUAGCAGCUGAGGUACACCAAGGAGAAAUGGUGGGGCCUUCUAGUGAGCUAGGUGAAGUACAAGCUGAGGCAAUUCAUGAAUCAGCAGAGCUUCCAUGGUUAAAUGUUGAAGAAAUCUCAGUCAAAAGAAACAAAGAAGAAGAAACUUCAAUUUUAAGUAAAGAGUUUAAUAAAAUUGACAACCAUUUGGAAGACACUCAUAUAAUUCAGUUUUGUACAACUAACCCCAAUUUUGUAACAACAAAAGGCGAAGGAAUCUCUAUGCACCUUGCAUCAAUAAAUCAAGAGGAUGUGUUUGAUGCUGGGGGGAAUGUAGAAAAAAGAAAGCACUGUCAGAGCUGCAAUCCAGAAAAGAGAAGUAUUUUGGAGGCAGAGCCCUGCCAAAAUGAACCUGACAGGGUUAUAACUGAUGAUCAGAGCAAUAGGGUUGGGCUGGGGAAUCAAUUAGUAGAAAGAGAAAGUGAAGCCAACAGAAGUGUGCAAAUGAAAGAGCGAACAGGUGGUGAAGCCAUGUGGGGAAUUAGAGAUAAUACAAGAUGUUUGAAUGUAACUCCCGCAGAUGAAUUGUUUAUCUGCCAAAACCCGGUGAGAUAUGAAGAGUCUUCUGUAGCUGAGUACGAUAGUACAGGGGAAGCCGAGGCAGGUACAGCAGCUUAUAUAAUUAAAAUGACAUCAGAAAGUACUCCAGAAAAAAUGUCUGCUGGUGAAAAAGCAGUAAUUGUUAAGCUACCUCAAGAGACUGCACUAAGUGACAGGCCCACAGAGGAAAAGGAAACAGUGUUUGAUAUACAUGAAGGGAGAAAUGAUGGUUCCCAUUAUCCUCUUUGUCAGUGCAAUACAGUGGGUGUAUUAUAUGACACCAAAUUUGAAAAGGAAUCAGUUUCAGAUAUUUAUAAUGCACGCACACAUGAAAUAGCGCAUGGAGAAAUGAUGUCAGUACCCAAUGCAAGUGAAAGGCUUGCCAGAGCAGAACAUAACAGUGGAAAUGAUUCACCAUUAGGUGAAAUAUUAUGGACUUCUGCUGCAGAAGGAAAACCAAUCAUGGAACAGGAUUUAUCUUCUGAAAUAUCUUUGAAUGCUUCACAAUAUCCUCAUCCAGGCCUGUGCAAUGAACAGGUUGGAGAGGAAAGCAUUUUGGGAACAUUUCCUCAUGUAGAUAUUAAAACUGGACACAAAAUUUCUCCUUCUAAUAAGAAUGCUGUGUCCAACUCUUACAAAAGUACAUCAACCACAGCUUCUGAAGUAUCCAUGGAAGUUAAUAUUACUGUAGAAGGAAAUGCAUCCCAUCCAUACAUAGAAUCUUCAGUCGAUAUUUCAGCCAGGUCAGGAUGUGACUUUAGUCCAACAGGUGUAAAUAUUUCCUCAAAUAUUUCAUCAGAAGCUGAACUUGGAGAUCUUCCUCAAAGUCCAGUAUUGUUGCUUUCUGGUGUGGAGGAAGGAAGGAGUGUAGGUGAGUUUGUCCAACAACUAGAGCUCAAGGUGGGAAAGCUUUUAGGGCCAACCAUUUUAAUCAGUGAGCCCACUGAAGAAAGAGAAGAGGCAAGCUCUGAACUGAAAGGUAUAACUGAAGAGAAAAUAUUAAACAUGAAUAAUGAAGGAUGUGACAACCAGCCAAGGUUUGAUUAUGCAGAAAUUUCUGGCCAGCAAAAUGGAGCUUGUAAUUUAGCUGCUGAAUGCCUAGUUUUAAAGCAAAUUGGUUACAAAAUACUUUAUUUCCUCUUGUUUGUUGUGUUUUGUGUAACUCUGUACCACUAUGAUUUAAUUGUUUGCUUUGCAAUGUACUUAUUUUCAUUGUAUUGGCUAUAUUGCGAGGGCAGGAGAAGUAAGGAAUUUGUCAAAAAGGAGUAAAAUCUAUGUGAAGUACUUAACAUUU